ACGCUGUUCGGGUGACUGGCUGGCUGUGUGUCUGGGAUCAAAGCGCUUAUUGUGUCCACGGAGCAGCAGGAUUAGCAAACUGCACCGCUAAACCUGAAUCAUGCAUUGCACACACGGGGAGUGGUGCCUAGAUUGUGCAAGUAGCAGCUAGAGUGCACGGUUCACUCCGUCCGCCCAGCAGCAGCGACAGCCGCCGCCGUCAGCCAGGCGAUUCGGGAGAGGCGCCGAGGGGAGAAUGAAGGCGUGGAGAGGCUGACGGCGCUUCCCACUGCAGCCGCUGCUGGGAUGGUCGGCGGAGUCCGGCAGCUUUGCACACGUUGUCGGCUUCGUGUUGGCCGCUGAGGGGCCGGGAGAAAGUGACCAGAGAGUGUGGCCGCUUGCAGCCGAGAGGGGAGGGGGUGUGGGGGAAGAUUGCAGGAAGAUUUUUUUUUCCUUUCCCUCCCCUCUCCUCGUCGUUUUAAUUGUGUGCUCGAGGACUGAGGGAAGGUGGGUGUCGGCACCGAGCAGGGGGCACGACCAUGGGGAACGCCGGCAGCAUGGAUUCGCAGCACACCGACCUGCGGGCUCACAGCGUGCCCCUGAAGGUGCCCAUGCCCGAGCCGGGCGAGCUGGAGGAGCGCUUCGUCGUGGUCCUGAAUUCUAUGAACCUUCCUCCUGAUAAAGCCAGAUUGCUGAGACAGUAUGACAGUGAGAAGAAAUGGGAGCUCAUCUGUGACCAGGAAAGAUUUCAAGUGAAAAAUCCUCCACACACAUAUAUUCUGAAAUUGAAAGGUUAUCUUGAUCCAGCUGUGACCAGAAAGAAGUUCAGAAGACGAGUGCAAGAAUCAACUCAAGUACUGCGAGAACUGGAGAUUUCCCUUAGAACAAACUAUAUUGGUUGGGUGAGAGAAUUUUUGAACGAAGAGAACCAAGGUCUAGACAUACUGGUGGAGUACCUUUCAUUUGCACAGUGCGCGGUUACAUUUGAUUAUGAAAGUGUAGAAAAUAAUGUGGAGAAUGCAGUGGACAAAAGCAAGCCUUGGAGCCGUUCCAUUGAGGAUUUGCAUCGGGGCAGUAAUCUGCCAUCGCCCGUUGGCAAUAGCUUGGCCCGGUCUUCCAGGCAUUCAACUUUACGGUUUAAUACUUUGCCAAGCAGAAGGACGCUGAAGAAUUCUAGAUUAGUGAGCAAAAAGGAUGACGUACAUGUUUGUAUCAUGUGCUUGCGUGCAAUUAUGAACUACCAGUAUGGCUUUAAUAUGGUCAUGUCACACCCACAUGCUGUUAAUGAAAUUGCACUGAGUCUGAACAACAAGAAUCCCAGAACAAAGGCGCUGGUCUUGGAAUUAUUGGCAGCCGUUUGUCUUGUCAGAGGAGGACAUGAAAUAAUCUUAUUAGCAUUUGAUAAUUUCAAGGAGGUCUGUGGUGAAAAGUAUCGAUGAAAGUUAAUGGAACAUUUCCGAAAUGAAGAUAACAACAUUGACUUCAUGGUGAGUGGCCUGGUAUGCAGUUUAUUAAACAUUGUGGUCCACUCAGUAGAAGAUAUGAAUUUCCGAGUACAUCUCCAACAUGAAUUCACCAAACUAGGACUGGAUGAAUACCUGGAUGUGAAGCUGAAAAAUACAGAGAGUGACAAACUUCAGGUGCAGAUUCAGGCCUACCUGGACAACGUGUUUGGUGGUGCAUUACUGGAAGAUGCUGAGACCAAGAAUGCUGCCUUGGAGAGGGUUGAAGAACUGGAAGAAAACAUUUCUCAGUUGUCAGAAAAGUUGCAAGAUACUGAAAAUGAAGCAAUGGAAAAAAUUGUGGAACUGGAAAAGCAGCUAAUGCAAAGAAAUAAAGAACUGGAAGUCAUAAGGGAGGUUUACAAGGACACCAACACUCAAGUUCACACGCUGCGGAGAAUGAUCAAAGAGAAGGAAGAGACCAUUCAAAGACACAACCACUUGGAGAAAAAAAUUCAUGAACUAGAGAAGCAGGGGUCCAUCAAAGUUCAGAAGAAAGGAGAUGGUGACAUUGCCAUUCUGCCAGUUUUGCCCAAUGCAUCACAGUCCCCAGGUGCAGAGCAUGUACCAAGCAUUUAUACAGGGCCACCACUUGAAGCAUCAGAUAUGUCGAUGCCACCACUUCCCGGACCUUCUCCAUGCCCCUCUGGUGCAGCAGUCCCAAAUGGACCAGUGUUGGCCCCAUCUUCGCAACAGCUUCCCCCGCCGCCGCCUCCUCCGCCGCCGCCUUCGGCUGCAGAAGCUCCGCCUGUUCCACCUCCUCCUCCUCCACCACCACCACCACCACCCGCUGCACCUCCUUUGCCUGGAACAGCCCCAACUCUCAUUUUUAACUCUGGCUUAGCAGCUGUAAAGAUCAAGAAACCUAUCAAAACAAAGUUCCGCAUGCCAGUCUUCAACUGGGUGGCAUUAAAGCCCAAUCAGAUUAAUGGCACUGUCUUCAAUGAUAUUGAUGAUGAGAGAAUCCUAGAGGAACUGAAUGUCGAUGAGUUUGAAGAAAUAUUUAAAACGAAAGCCCAGGGGCCAGCUAUGGAUGUUGUUUCAAGUAGACAAAAGGUGAUCCAAAAGGGAUCUAAAGUGACUUUACUGGAACCCAACAGAGCUAAGAAUCUUGCCAUCACCUUACGAAAGGCAGGGAAAACCACAGAAGAGAUAUGCAGAGCUAUCCAAAUGUUUGAUCUAAAAACAUUACCUGUGGACUUUGUUGAGUGCCUGAUGAGGUUCUUGCCAACAGAAAAUGAGGUUAAGGUUCUGAGACAGUAUGAAAGAGAGAGGAAGCCUCUGGAGAAUCUAACAGAUGAAGACCGAUUCAUGGUACAAUUCAGUAAAGUUGAAAGACUGAUGCAAAGGAUGACCAUAAUGGCAUUUAUUGGAAACUUUACAGAGAGUGUUCAGAUGUUGACACCACAACUUCAUGCUGUAAUAGCUGCAUCUGUAUCAAUAAAGUCUUCUCAAAAACUGAAGAAAAUAUUGGAGAUAAUUUUAGCACUUGGUAACUACAUGAACAGCAGUAAGAGAGGAGCAGUGUAUGGAUUUAAACUGCAGAGUUUAGACCUGCUUUUAGAUACUAAGUCAACAGAUCGCAAACAAACAUUGUUACAUUACAUUGCAAAUGUUAUCAAAGAAAAAUACCCUGACGUAUCCCUCUUCUACAAUGAACUCCACUAUGUGGAGAAAGCAGCAGCAGUGUCUCUUGAAAAUGUCUUACUCGAUGUUAAAGAGCUACAAAGAGGAAUGGACCUCACAAAACGGGAGUACACAAUGCAUGAGCAUAAUGUUGUGCUAAAAGAAUUCCUUGGCGCGAAUGAAGGAAAACUGAAAAAACUGCAGGAUGAUGCCAGAAUAUCACAGGAUGCCUUUGAUGAGGUGGUUAAAUAUUUUGGAGAAAAUACAAAGACAACCCCUCCAUCAGUAUUCUUCCCUGUAAUUGUACGAUUUGUGAAGUCAUACCGGCAAGCAGACCAGGACAACGAGCUACGGAAGAAACAGGAAGAAGCACUGUUGAAUAAAAUCCUGGAGCAAGAAGCUUUGUUGGAGCAGCAGGAUGAAAAGUCCCCAUCGCAUAAAACUAAGAGGCAACAGCAGGAGUUAAUUGCAGAGCUGAGGAGGAAACAAGUCAGAGAGCACAGACAGGUCUAUGAAGGAAAAGAUGGCGCUAUUGAGGAUAUCAUUACAGAUCUUAGGAACCAACCGUACAGGCGUGCAGAUGCGGUGAGAAGGAGCGUGAGAAGACGUUUUGAUGAACAAAGUUUGCGCUCAGUGAAUAGUGCUGAACUGGCAUUGUGAUGGAGAAGGAAAGUGUUGAGAGUAUGAGUGUGUUUGAAUGUUACGAUGUCUGCGUGGUGUUUGUUUGUUACCACAUACCUGCUUGAGUGGCAUGCUGUUGGAAACUGGAAUUAGGACAAGAGGAAGAAUCACAGGCUAUCUGUGGGCUAGCAGAAUUUUUCAGCCCAAAUUAACAAGUGCCUCAACAUAAAAUUUCCUCUCAAGCUUAACAGCACGACGUUGCUAAAGUUGUUGAUAUAACAACUGGUAAGUUUUACAAUAUUCCAUUAAUUUUAACAAGGUUGUGAACUAAGGUUGUGAAUUCUAAACUGUUUUAAUUUUGACAUGAAAUAUAAUAUUGUUGAAACCAGGAAAAAUAGAUAUGCUUGUUUGGAGAUAAAGAAUAAUGCAUGUGGAAUAGCUUGCCAUAAGCUACCAUGGCAGUGAAAGUUAGAGUUCAUUUGAAGACUGCACGCUGUACUUGUGUUGCACAAUGUUUGUUUUAUUGGCUCUGUCCAAAACACUGAAAUGGUGUGGAAUUUGGUGAUUUAAAUAGAGAAGCAACUCUCUUCAUCACGGUUGAUCAAACUUGCCUGUGAUCAGCAGAUGCAAUACUUGUUUUCGAGCUGUGUCAAAAAUAAUGCAACAGUCAAUUCUAUGGCUGCUGUGUUAGGACAAAGGAAAAUGUUAUAUACGUACAGAGUGUGAAUGAUUGGGAAAAACUUGUAGAUAUCACUAAGCUAUUAACCCCUAACUAAACAGUAUUAAGCAUGAGGACCAAAAGUAGAAAUUUGUUACUGGAAAUAAAAUGGUGUAAAAUUGUAUAUUAACAAUUUUCAACAAUUGAAGUAGAAAAUGAAUUCAUGUACUUCUGAAAAUGUGCCAUCUGGCUUUAUUUUAAUCUCCUUGGUUGCAUUGCCUCGCCAUGUUGAUUGUAAAGUUUAUUGUAUAGUAUUUAACCACUGAACUCUUUCCUGUAUGCAUUUGGCUCAUGUGACCCACUUGUGACUGGCAUUAUUUUUUGUUUUGAACAGUGUAGUUAUAUUUAGAUAAUGCUAUUCUAAAUGUACAGAUAUUUUGCUAAGAAAUCAGUGCAUUUUUAUGGUUUUUUACAGUUCUUUGAUUCACUAUAGCCUCUGGGUAAUAUUGUACAUAUUGUUUAAAAAAUAUUGCGACAGCUGUCCUAUACAAUUUGAAUGUUAUUUUAACUUAUAGUUCUGUUUUUAUAUUUAACUAAAAUGACAGUGACCAAGUUUUGGCUAAUCAUUACCAGAUUAACUUCUGCUUACAAUUUCACUGUAAACUUAGUUUUAAAAUCACCUGCUUUAUAUCAGUUCUACAUGGUGUGUAUAUGCUGCAUAGAACAUGACAAGAUUGAGUCCUUUGUCCACGAACAAGUAAAUGAGUACAAUAUUUAAUUUUGGUAUCAGAGGUCAACUGACCAUAAAUUCUAAGGUAGUGCACAGCACCUAAAUUUUAAGCUGGAGAUUUGAUAAGAAAAAUUACCUUGUUCUGGAUCAGUGACUGGAAUGUUGACAUGUUCUGCUCACUUACUUUAAGUUUCCUGCUUGUUGGCAAAAUAGAAUUGUUUUAUAAAAAAAAUAGAAACAAGAUUUGUUAAUGGCAUUUGGUCAAAUAAACUUCUUUACACUACUACAUAAAAUAUGGUCAAUCGUCUA